AUGGCAGUAUCAAACAAUCUCAAUGAAAAUAUUCGCUGGUUGAAGGAAAAUAAUGUUCAUUUGCCCCGUAACAUUGCUGCAAAGUCUACUGCACUAGCGCCAAAACUCUAUAGCAGCACAGCGCUCCCGGAACCGUUACAGGCUAAACAGCGCACCCAAGGGUAUCUUCUGGUGGAUUCUGAUGAGGAGGAGGACGAUUUCAUUGAUUUAACUGGCUUUUCAAAGCCGCAGGCUGCUAGCCAGAAAUCAAGCAUGUCCAUGAGCAAAGAGAUUCUCUUUGUUAGUUCUGACGACGAGGAGCUUGACUACGGCGCAUUGAGUAGCCGCUCUUCAAGCAUAAAGACCUCGGCAGAUUUACAAGAGCCUGCUAUUAUUUCGCCACCGGAAGAUGAAGCCGGUUUGCCUGAUCUGAAUCAACCCCCUCCAUCUUGGGCAGCGGCAAAACCCGCUGUUCCAGCCAGUUAUAACUCAUUACAAUGGUCGGACGACGAGUGCCAAGUCAAUGGAACACCUCUAAAUUCAGAGCUACCAGGAACUCGUGUCCAAGCACAUUAUGUGGAAGACACGGGCGUAAAGCUGAACAAAAUCCAGGCAGAGAAAAUUGGUCUACUAGAAAGGAAAAUUGACGUUUUGACCAAAAGACUAGCAUCUGCUGGGAUCUCUGUAGACCUAUCGGCACUGGACAAAAAAUUGGCCGGUCUCGACUUUGACAUGGCCAAUUUAGAGGAUGACGCGGUGGUGUCUUCUCAGGAUUCUGUUAUUUGCGAUAAGAUCAACCAUCUCUCAGGAGAGAACGCUCAAGAUCCGUCACCGUACUUUUCACGGCUAAAAGCAACGCAGUCUGUUGUUGAUCUUACAAUGGAAAAUGUUACUUCAAUACAUAGCACUGCCGAUGCGGUCCCUCAACCAACCCCCCAACACAAGGUCACUACUCCUUGGCACGACGAACUAAUGAAGCUACUGCGUGCAAAGUUUGGACUAGUGGGGUUUAGGCAAAAUCAGCUUGAAGCCAUUGAUGCCACUAUAUCCGGUCGAGAUGUAGUGGUUCUCAUGCCGACAGGUGGAGGAAAAUCGCUCUGUUAUCAGCUCCCUGCUCUGAUCCAGUCUGGGCCACGAAAAGGGACUACUAUUGUAAUUUCUCCAUUGAUUUCUUUGAUGCAAGAUCAAAUAUAUCACCUAGAGACGCGCAACAUUGCGGCUAAAAUGGUCAACUCCCGACUCUCUUUAGCCGAAAGAAACGAGGCUAUGAACCAGUUGGACGCAGGAGAGCUUGUUCUUCUUUAUUUAUCACCCGAAAUGCUCAACAAAAGCGACCGUAUGCGGAAUACCCUGCAAAGAAUGUACCAAAACAAUCGCAUAGCUCGCAUUGUCAUUGAUGAAGCCCACUGCGUCAGCGCGUGGGGACAUGACUUUAGAACUGACUACAAGGAUUUGAUGGGGCUGAAAGACCAAUAUCCGGGCACACCCAUUAUUGCUCUGACUGCAACGGCGAACAAUCGAGUCUUAAGCGAUAUUUUCCAAUGUGUAGGUCCGGAUCGGCUCCUAUUGAAGCAGAGUUUCAAUCGGCCGAAUUUGAUUUACUCGGUGUUGCCCAAAGUAAAAGACAAGUUCGAGAGUGAGAUUGCCCACAUCUGUCUAAAGCGGUUCCCGAACAAGACAGGAAUUAUUUAUUGCAGCUCCAAAAAGCACUGCGAAGAACUUGCAACCCGUUUGCGAACAGUUGGUGUUUCUACAAGUUACUACCAUGCUGGAAUGGAUAAUGGUGAAAGAGAACGUGUUCAAGAGUCAUGGCAAGCAGGACAAAUCAAAGUCAUCUGUGCAACUAUUGCCUUUGGCAUGGGCAUCGACAAGAGGGAUGUAAGAUUCGUGAUUCAUGCUACUUUACCUCGGAAUAUGGAAGGCUACUAUCAGGAAACUGGACGUGCUGGCCGUGAUGGUAGAGAGUCACACUGCUUUUUAUUCUACACUUUUGCUGAUGGUCAGGUACUUAUGCAAUUAAUCGAGAAAGACCGCGAGUUGAGUUUUGCUCAACGAAGCCAAAACAGAGAUCUGCUUCGUCGUGUGAUUGGCUACUGUGAAAACAAAGUAGAUUGCCGGCGAUCUCAAGUCCUUCAAUAUUUCAACGAAGAUUUCGAUCCUCGUCUUUGCAACAAGACCUGCGACAAUUGCAUAAAUCGUUCUCUGGUUGAAAUGAGCGUGAAAGAUGUUAGCAAUGAAGCUAAGAUUAUCAUCAGCUUGGUUGAGGCUUUGAAUGGCUCGAAUAUUACCAUGAUUCAAUGCAUUGCACUUCUACGGAAAGCCAAGGCUGGUAGUCCUCCCCAAGCCGGUGCUCUCAGUCAGUGGGAUCGAACGCAUGUAGAACGCAUCAUGCAUCAUCUUUAUACCAUUGGAGUGUUUGAAGAUCGAAUUGUCACUAACAAGAUGGGGUUCUCGAACUCUUAUCUUGCGCUUGGCUCGAAUGCUAUGAAUGUAGCGUCUGGGCGAGUUCCAGUGAAACUCCAUUUCGCCGAAGCCGGCUCUUCAGCCGGAUACCAUCACGCGCAAAAGCGGCCUCAAGAUAACAUUGCAAACGAGGAUAUGUUUAACAGGCGCCACCGAAGACGUAGACGCAGAUAG